CCUGGCGAUCGUGUUUUCGUUAUUGUUUGGCGGCAAUUGAGCGUGUAAAGUGGAUAUUUGUCGUCGCAAAAAGUGUGUCACCCUCGGCUUCUCGGCUGAGCAAGGCUCAAAUGGAAUGGCGGCCGACAGUGACGGUGAUCAACAGAAACGGACAAACAGUAGUAGCAAGCGUAGAAAUGUUGGUAGCGAUGGCAACCGAGGAAGCUGCAGUCGAAACAGUGGUGGUGCCAGUGACAAAUGUACUAUUGGCGACAGCACCAGCACUAGCACCUUGAAGGCGGUUGUCAUCUGCGAAGGAAACCUGCACGAUCCCGAUUUCCCGGCGCGACUCGAAAGCCUGGUCGAAAGUCUCUCGACGCUGGUGGAGGAAGAAAAGAACGACGAUGGCAAAGAGAACCAGGAUGCCGGCAGGCUCACGGUUGACAAGGUGGAACCGUGGAACAGCGUGCGAGUUACCCUUUCGAUACCGAAGGAAGCUGCCGUUCGAUUGCGGCGGCUCGCCGCCGAAGGUAACAGUGCACUACGUGCCCUCGGUAUUCUAUCCGUGCAGCUGGAAGGAGAAACGGUUCUUUCCCUGCGAUUAGCGGGACAACAGGAGAUCGUACUGCGGACAGAUAACUCUUCCGCCGAAGGAACAAGUGCAGGCAGCAGUGGUGGACACGGUGGCCUGGGUGAACUGGCCAGAGUGCUUUCCCAGCAACAGCAGCACCAGCAGCAUGCGAAUUUACAGCAACAACCACAGCCACCCCAUCCGUUGGGCGUACAGCAGCAACCUCAAAGUAUGUUCUCCCAGCAAGUACCUCCAUCGCACCAACAACAGCCGCAGCAGCAGCAACACCUGCUUCAUCUGCAACAACAGCAUCACCUUCAGUUGCAGCAGCAGCAGCAACAGAUUCUGCACGGCACGGCAGUUGAUGGCAAUGCCGUCCCCAGUACCUCGAAGGUCGUCCACUCGAACCUUCCGAAGCCUCUCAGCAAUGGUCCACUACCGAUGGAGGUUGGGGUCAGUGGCGGUGCUGGUGUGUUCAAAUCACCGAACACGAUCUGCCCGAUGGAUGGGAAGGUUCCCGCUCAUGUGCCAAAUGUGGUCGACGCCUGCGAGUACCCUUUCGAGAGCAUGACCCAGGCGAGGGUGAUACAGCGGCGCGAAAAUACCCUUGGAUUGGGCGGCAAUGGUGCACCGGCGGUCGGUGCUUCGAUGCCGAUGGUGACGGGUGUCGGCGUUGGUACGGCGAAACCAUCAAAUGGUCCGUUUAUAGCACCCGCAGGCGCCGGAGGAGUACCACCACCGCCACCAUAUCAAACCGCAGUAAGCGGCGGUACCGUCGUUGCCAAGGAGACCCUAGGCCCUCCGGGUGCAGGUGUCGGUUCACCGGUUGCCGUCCAACCGGGCACUGCAAGUGGCAUUACUGUUGCCGGCAACAAUGUGGCCAUGUCCAGCCCACUGUUAGUGAAUUUGCUGCAAAAUGAAAACAACCAGCAACAAACACUCGCACCCCAGCAACAGCAGCAACAGCAGCUAUUGCGAGGAGUAGGACAACCUAUUCUUAAGCAGGAGCUACUAGCCGCCGUUGGUAACGGAGGUGGUGCGGGUGGUGCUGGCUUAGUGAAGGGAGGGAUCAUUCCAAACGUUCCACAAACGGUCGUCGUUGGUGGCAGCCCAGUGCAAAGCGUGAGUGACAAUGAUCCGAGUGCGCAAGGUGUCGGUGGUAUCAAAAGUGGCAGCGUGGUGAACCAUCAAGUAGUGAGCUUGAACCAGCAGCACCAGCAUCUAGUGCAUCACCCAGUGAUUGGAGGCGCACCCGCGAUGGCCACAUCCAUGGUUUCGCCAAGAACAACUGCUGUGUCGGCCGUUGCCCAACAGCAACAGCAGCAGCAGUUGACGUUAGUGAAUAGUAGUAGUCCAUUGCGUGGGUCCCCAGCGGCGGCGGGUGUGCCGAGUGCGGUGCUCAGUGGCGGUAGUGUGAAUAGUAGUAGCAAUCUGACUCCAAUGACAGCAGCAACAACAAACAUCAGUAAUGACAGUAACAGUAACAAUCAGAGUGUGUUGAACGUGUCGCCUUCUUCUCUAGUAACUCCACCAUUGUCAGUGCCUUCAAAUAGCAACAACAGUAGCAGCAAUGCCACCUCCACCAUGAACACCAUUAAAAUGCAAAGAUACAGCCUCGUUUCCGGUUCUCCCGUAGCUGGCGGACCAGCGGCAGGCGGUACACUAGCAGUGGGGAUGGGCCCAGCCGUAAGAUCUCCACAGCAACAGCAGCAGGCCGGUGGCGGUAUGGUGGUAACCACCAGCAAUCGAGCACCUGUGAUGGGACCGACGCCUGGUCAUCCUCAGGCAUUGCGGACGCCCCAACCUGCGGCAACGUUUCAGCUGCAAGAGCAGCUGCAAUUGCAGCAGCCACAACAUUCCCAACAUUUGAAUCGUGUCUCGGUUCAACAGCAGCAAUCGUUGCCUUUGCAGCAGCAGCAACUACCUUUUCGACAGCCAAAUCCAAUGCCGUUGCCGUCCCAGCAGCAGCAGCAGCAACAACAGCCGGGACAGCAGGGUAGUGGUUUCAAUCAGCGGUGGCCAUCGUUACCGAUGGACUCGGCUACCAAGUCUGGCUAUCAGGAGUUUGCCCGCUUCCAAAUGCAAUAUAACCUUAGUCAACAACAGCUAAACAAGCCUUCUACGACUUUGGGGCAGCAGCAGCAACAACAGCAACACCAACUAGAUGGUGUCUCGGCUACGCCCGUAACCGGCUCGUCCACCGUCGGUGCUGAUCCGCUCGAGCUGGGCAACUGCUUGGUGGAUCUACCGGAUCUAGCGAAGAACGAUUUGGAUUCGCUGUUGCCGAGCGAUUUGGAUAGCCCAUUUCUCGACACGAAGCUGGACGAUCUGGACGAUUUCGAUCUUAUGGACCAGCAGCAACACAAUCACCCUCUUCUUGCCGGAUCGUCCUUGCAGCAUCCGGGUGAUAUUUCGGCAGUUCCGGGCACUCUGCUGGGGGGUGCGUCUAGUAGCGCUUCGAGUGUGACGGGAUCCAGCACGACGUCGGCAGUGUCAGCAGGAAACACUAGCUCCAGAGAUGAUGCCCAAGCGAGAGAGCGCCGGUGGAAGGCACAAAUUCUUAUCAACCCCCUCACUGGGGAACUGGAAGAGACGCAAGUGGAAGAAAGCAUUGAAGAAACGGAAGACUCUAGUACCGCCAAAACAAGUGGCGUUGUGGGCAGGCAAGGAAAGCUCACCGUAGCCCGGGGAAACGAUUUUCCACCGGAGGUACCGAACUCGCUAUACUCGGAUGACGAUACUACGGGGAGUGCUGGCGGGCUCUCUUCGGUAAAGUUCUUCUCCGACGCCAGUGAUUCCGACAAACCAUCGCCCUCUGGAUUGGUAACGUUUACGGCCGGAUCCACCGGAUCGCUGGCAGGCAGUGGUAUCGAUUCAACCUAUGCCACACCCAACGCCCCGUCCACAUCGUCCGCACUGGUGAGCGGAGGAAAAUCGGGAAAGAUAAAAAAGGAGCGCGCGAAACCGGUCAAGGGCAAAGACAAACUAAAAGCAGCCUCACCGGUGUCCGCGAAAGAGAAACCAAAAGAAAAAUCUAAAACAUCUCUGAAGACGGUGGUCAGGCAGAAGGCAAAAGUGCUUUCCACCUCCGUGCUACUGGUCGACGGGACAGGAUCCGGCGAUUCCCCGAGCAAAAACGGUGGAACUGAGCUCAAGCUUCGGCUGAAGUUGGAAAAGACGGAUGCAAUCACGCUGGCGGUGCCGACGAGAGCCAGCACCGUUGGUGGCAGUGGUGUGUCCGGAGUUGGAGCAGCUAGCGUUCUGUCUGUAUCUUCCUCUUCGCAGGAAGGAUCACUGAUGGUGCGGCCGAAUGUCGUAGAUUCACUACAGGCACCCGUCGAUGGAACAGCGUUAAUGACUUCACUACAGCUUAAUCCCAUUUCCCAACCGCACCAGUCAGCGUUAGCAUCGCUUACCGUCGCCAAUUCCGGCAGUGGUACCGGUUUCGUUAGUAAUACUAGCAAUUUACCCACUGUAUCAGCCUCACAAGCCACCGCCACUGGGAAUACACACAUUAGCAGUAGCAGCAGCAGCAGCAGCAGCAGCAGCAACAGCAGCACAAACAGUAGCACUACGAGUAGCAACAGUGUGGGUGUGCAUUUUCCUGCGACCGGCGAGGAGCUGCGAGUACCUCCGUUGCACAUUAGCCUGCGCGGGAAGAACUCUGUGGUCAUAAAGAAUUCCCGCAAAGAUCGCAAGAAAAGUCAAAGCGGAGGCGAAGAGGACAGUAGCGAUGGUGGCGGGGUGGUGAAACGGCCCACCACCAACAAGCGCAACUCCAUCGACAUCAGCGGUUCGUUUUCUUCCGCCAUCCCCGUGACGACGGCUUCAUCGUCGAUAUCGUCACCAUCAGGAUAUCAUAACCACAUCGGAACCGUCACGGCAUCACCGAAGCCAGCAGCUUCCGAACUGAAGGCUAGUGAGCAAGGGAUCGAUGUUUUACCGGUGUCGCAAAAACGAUCCGCGUCCGAAGCGAUGGGCAGCAGCGGGAAUCAAACUGCCGCCGGCGCAUCUGGGGCUGGCUUCAGCCCGAACGGGUACGUAUGCCCGGAGAAGAAGCGCAGGCUCAGCAAUGGCGGCAGUAGUGUCAGCUUGAAUUCCGUUGCCGCUUCCAACACCGAUAGCAUCCUGGCGAUGACGACGGCCGUGACGACUGGUGUGCAGGAGAUUAAUGACAUCUAUGAGUCGAUCAUUACGACGAGUGCCAGCGGACCGAUCGGUUCGACCAAUGUGGGUACGGUUCCCGCGUCCAAUUUGCUGCAAACGGCUGCAAAAAACUCCAAGAGCUCCGGUGCGAACAAUGCUAGUGCCAGUGGUGGCAACAACAACAACACUAUCAACAACAAUAAUAAUAAUAUCAACAAUAAUGGCGGAAGCUACGGUAAGAGUCAUAAAAACCUCGUCAAAGCAUCCGAAGAUGACGAUGCAACGGUCCUUUCGAAUCCGGUGGCCGGUUCUUCGCCUGCUUCGAUAGCGGACGAAAAUGGUAGCGGAAAAGGUACGGCUGCAGGCGUAUCAUCGCCGUCACCGUUGCAGGUAUCUUCCGACAUGCCAACAACCAUAGUCACCUCCGCCUCCGACAGCGUCACCUCCACAUCAACGACACCAGCAUCUACCUCAAGCGAGAAAUCUUCCCUGAUAGUCGAAGGUGAUCAGCAAGCACAGGAGCAGCAGGAGCAACAGCAGCUAGCUAAUAGUAAUAACACCACCACCACCACCGUACAUCACGAUCUUCAGCAUCACCACCAUCACCAGGAUCAGUUGCAGGAGCACCAUAGUAAAAACCGACCACCGGAGCAGCUGCUUGCGGAUGCACCAGCCGACGAGCGAGAAAAGACUGUGACCGACGAUGCGGACCUGGACAAAGCGUCUACGACGAGUGGCACACCAACGACCGGAAAAAGCAUUGGCGGCUCCAUAUCGGGUUCUCCUUCCUCACCUGUGACCGCUAGUCCCGGUUCGACCGGCGGUGGUGUAGCUGGAGUGCAGGGGAGCGGCGCAAUGGGAGGGACCGCCGGUGGCGGGGCUGUCGGCGGUGUGGCAGGAGUGAAUCAUCAUCUGCUCGGGCACUCGAAUGUCCGAGGUUCACCAGGAUCUCAGGCGCAAGGCGAGGACAGCGGUAUCGAGUCGAUGGAUGCACUGUCGGAGAAAAGUCCCCACCAGCUGUCGUCGCACAGCCCACAAGGAUUGCACAGUGGUGGCGUAACGGGUGGCCAUGCAGGGAAUGGCGGAAGUAGCGUGAGCAGCAAUAGUAGCACCAGCAGCGGGUGCAUAACCAGUAGUACAAACAGCAGCAGCAAUGAAGAAAAACAGAUGCCUUCUUCGGUGGGUAGUCCGCAGUGCAAUGAGCAGCUGCACAGCUGUGAUGGAAAUGGCAGCGGGGAGGUCAUGGGCGGUAUUGAUGAUCCGGAAGCUGGGCUGAUCGAGCGGGAGGCGCAAAAGGACCUCACCGGUACGCCACCGUUAGACGCGAGCAUGGAGGAUUAUCGCAAUAUAGAGGCUGCGUUGGCGAAGAUGGAAGGGCUGAACGAGCUCUCGACAAUCGUUGGGUGCGGUGGUGCUGACGUUAAACUGAACGGAGAUCAUUCGAUCCUGCUGAAGGAGGAGGAGGAAGAGGACAAGCUGCUCGAUCACAACAGCCACGACACGCUGAGCAAUAUGGAGCAAACGAAUCUGAGUAAAAUCCUAGACAUGGAUAUGGACGUAGUUCAGCGUGAGGGAAAUAUUAUCAGCACCGCGACCGUCCUCGAAAACGUGGCGAAUUUGGCUUCGAAACAGUCACCCGGCAAGACGGAAAUUCAAUCCUCCCGUCUUAGCGAUGAUUAUGAGAAGAUGGAGCAAAAGCAUCAACAGCAAGCGGAGCAACAAAACCUGCAACCGCAGCAGCAGCAGCAGCAGCAGCAGCAAUCAGAUGUAGUUGUUAAAACCCGGAUCACCGAUAAGCGAGAGGAAUGCGUCAAGGGUACUGGAGGCAAAAACAAGACACUUGCCAAAGCGCCCCACGACGAUGAUAUCGAAUCGCAUCAGCAACAUCACCAGCAUUUGUCCGUCGGUGCUUCUCAACCAAAGCCGGUGCUGGAUGUGGACGGAAAGCACAUUGCGACGGAAGUUGUAGGCAAUAACAAUCACGCGGAAGUGGAUUGCAACAAGUUGUUGGUGGUAACUGCACCUGCGGACACAAUGCCGAAAGCUUCGGACAGUAGCGAUGGCGACAAAUCGGUCCCACUGCUGCUGACCGACGAAUGCUGUAUCAAUAAAAAAAGUAAUCCUAGUGUGAAAAGCGAAUGUGAUAGUAAGGUAAUGAUGUUAGUGGAGGAAAAACAACUCUUAGUUAAGUCUGAUCCCGACGAGGCUAUCGUUAGUAGUUUAAAGAAGAGUUUAAGAAAAUCUUCUGAAGAACGGCAGUCAGUUACUCUCGUCGCCAUAGGCACCACACAAGCACCAUCUGCCGCUGCUGUUGCUGCUGAUGCUGCUGUUGCUGUUAAACAGGAGUCGCCACAACCGCCAACGCUUGCAGCCGUGCCUGUCGCGAUUGGAAUUGAGCUGAAGGCGGAACCCAAGAGCCCUGAGCGCACGGAAACUCUGUUAGAGCUGAAACCGCGCCAUGAGCAGCCUCCGUUGUACAGUUACUCCAGUGAAAAGGCUCGCGAGCGGCGCACGGCAGCUGCGGCCAGCGAUGGCAUUCAACCUGGGAACAGCAUUUCCGCGUCUGCAGGUACCACCGGUGGUGGACGGUUACGCCGAAAUUCUUCGCUGACAUCCGCAACCGAGGACUGUGAAAGCAAUCGUUCGUCUGAUUCGGAACAGGCACCACCGUCGUCCUCUUCAAGUAGUCCAGCUGUGGCUGCUAGUGGAACAUCGUCGAGCAAAAAGGCUGCAUUGGUCAACAGCAGCAGUAGCCACAGCAGCGAAGAACAGGAUAAUACCUCUAGCGUAUCAUGUGCUGCGAUUGAAAAUCAUCAACCCCUUCCGUUAGCUUCCGAAGCAACACCGAACAAGGGCACCGAUGGUCAAUUGCAAUCAGAGCAGCAAGAUAAGGCAAUGUUGACUCAGCUCUCCAUCGAGAUUCCAUCGCACUCGGACAACGGGGAGCAUCGUAUAAGGACACGUGCAUCGAGCAAAUUGGAAAGCCCGCUGGAACUUCCUCCCCGCAAAAGUCCGUCUGCGUCGGUGUGUGGUCACGAUUCGCAAAAUACUUCAGCUGCGGUGGGUUCCGCCGGAGGGAACAACAAUGGAAUCACCACCGGGAGUACAUCAACGCUCAAAAGUGGCAGUGCAUUGACGCCUGCCGGUUCUACAAAGCAGAACGCGUCAUCAGGAUCAGGCUCAAACGUUGGUGGCAGUGUGGCCGUGGGCACUAGUAGCGGUGGUACCGAUCGCCAAAGUCCAAAAUCAGCUGCAUUGCCUACGAGACCUGCGGCAAACAAGCGGAAACGGCAGGGAUCGGAAAGCUCUAGCCAGUCUGGUAUUAGCGAAGAUCUUCCUACACGUGCCAAGAAGGCUCGCAAGACGACAGGAGCCGCAACGGUGUUGGAUGCGAGCGCGAAUACGACAGAUUCGCCGAGGGUAACACCCCGCAGAUCCUUGGAUAAUACUCUCGUUAAGGGGCGGGUUUCGCGAAAAAUGGCCAAUGCAGCAGCAGCAGCAGCAGCCGCGGCCGCCGCUGCGGUAGCAACAUCAACUGUUACGAUUGUGGCGGAUUCUUCUGACAGCGACGAACCAUUGAUCGAGAUCGCGGGUAAAGCUCGAAAUUCUAAACUAACCUCCAAAUCCAGCUCAACUUCUACCACUAGCAAUGUUACUACUUCUUCUACCAUACCAACUACUACCGCUACUUCUACUAUUACUACUUCUGCUCUCGCCUUUACUACUAUUACCACGACCAUCAAUACUAUUCGCAUCAACACGAACAACAACCAAACUUCAACCACAAAUUCUACUUCAUCUCCCUCAACCUCGUACAAAACCUUAGCAGCAGCAGCUUCGAGCGAAAAAAAUGCCAUCUCUCAUAGUGCAUCACAAGCACCAACGGUCACAUCGGCAUUGGCGAAAACGAACAUAGCGCUGAACUCAUCGGUUUCCGGCGGAAUUGAAAAAGAAAAGUCACUACGCAACCUACACAGCAAAAGUGUGUCCCUGGGCUCUGGGAACACCAAGCAAGGCACGAGCGUCAAUGCAGUGCCAUCGUCUUCCAUAGCAUCAUCGGAUCAGACCGGACCCAUCGCUGUCAUCGGUUCAACAGGGGAGCCUUCGUCCACCGGAACAUCCAUCGCCGGUACAAGCAAUUGUACCGCCAACAGCAGCAAUGCUAGCCCCGGAAGUAGCACUGCAGGAUCCAUGGGGGUCAACACCGGGAGUACUGUAGGCGGUGGUCAAAAACAAGCUACCAGCACCGCCGUGUCGUCCGCGGGGACUACAUCGGUAGUAACUACGGUAGCAUCGGAUGAAAAAAUAAGCACACGCCGCAGCGUGCGCAUGACCUCAUCGACUCUGUCCACGGCAGCGAUGAACAACAAGGCUAAAGCUGCAGCGAAUGCUUUGCUGCUCCAGAACGCCUCGGCAACGGUCGGGUCCUUGCAUGGUGACAGUAACCAUCACGGGAAUGCUACCUUGCAUGGCAACGCAACCGUGAAUGAUGCUGCUGCAACCGGUACUACCGGUGCUGUCACUGUUGGUCUUGUGGGUGGCAAUGGCGGAGGCGGUGGUAUUACCGGUACGAAUGCCGUUCCCGCUGGUGGACUGAAUUCCUCCGGUGGAGCUAAUGGUAAUCACAGCAACAAAACGGCAAACCACGUUAAUCAUCAGCAUUCGCACGUGGGACCCGGUUUGAAGGGCACCGCGUCGUCCGGCAGUGUAGACAGCAAAUUAUCCGUCCCGGGAAGCGCUAGCGCGCCAUCCACGGCCCAAAACAUCGAGAUUAGCAAUGUGACGGAGUUGCGUCGUAAAACAAGAAGUGCAGCCGGAUUGGAGGUGACCGUCACUGAGGGACGCCGAAGAAGGAUAUCCCGUGACAGCAAGUGA